AUAAUUAUUAUUUGACAUGAUAAUAAAUGAAUUUUCGAUAGUAACUUAUCAUGGCAAAUGUAAUACUUUAAAGGAAAUUUUAUCCAAAAUGUCAAUAAUUUUGGGAGCAGUGUUAUUUCUUGGUGUUGUUGCCUACGCAUAUCCGUUUCUAAAAAACUACUGUCAUCAAACCUCAGAUAAUCCAGAAGAAAUUCCAAUACAGAAGAAUGAAGAACAAGAGGAAAUUAUAGAUAAAGAUUUGCCAAUGAAGAAUAAAUCAAAUGUAAUUAAAUUAACAAAAUUAAAAGAAACAACGGUAGAAAAGGAAAUUAAGGAGGAACAAAGGAUGAAUGAGAAAAAGACAUCAAGUGAAGAGAAGAGAAUUAAAAGAAAAGAAGGAUGUCAUUUGGAAAAGGAAUUUUCGAAAAUCAAUGAAAAGGAUACAAUAGACGUUGAUGAAAUAGUUGAAGAUAAAGAAAAAGAAAUUGAUAAUGAUGAUGAUGAGGAUGAUGAUAUUGAGAGAGAAGAUGCAGAUAGAACAGUGCGAAGAAGAUCAUCUCUAUUAUCGAAUAUAAUUAUUAAAAAUAAUAUUUCUCCAAACAAAAUUUCUCAACCAAUCACUGUUCAAGCUGUUGUUCAUGAAAAUAAACGAAUGGUAAUUCUCCAACAACCAUUAAGCAAUGAAAGUCCUCUUAUUCCAAAGAAUAAUUCAAAAAUUGACAGUUUUUUGAAAAAAAAGCACAACAUUGGUAGGAAAGUAAAGAAAUUUUUCACCAGAUCAGAGAGAAAGAAGACGCGAUCACCAAUUGAAGAAAGUGGAAGUAGUUCUGAUUAUCCUCGAAAUCAUUCAAUUUCAGAAAUUCAUUCAACACCGACGAAUAUUGUGAAUCAACAUCAUCCACUUGCGAAUUCAACGAUUCUUAAUUCUCAACAACCUGGAAACAUGAAUUUUCAAUUUCGCAGUCCAAAUGGAAUUCUUUCAGUUUAUACACAAGCAUCAAAUGGAAGAAUUAAUUCACCAGAUGAUUCUGGAUUUCGCAGUUCAAUUGAAACAUCAACAAUUUAUAAAGAUUUGCCAAAUGAAAGAAAUAAUUCAAUUUUAUUACCAUUGCCCAAUAAUUCAAAUGAGGGGAAUUGUACUAUUUUUUCAAUUGUAAUGGGAAUUUCUAAUAAUUCCAGUGGUGAAAGUAGAAAAUAAAAUCAUUCAAUAUUCAAAGUGAUUAUUGAAAAAUUUUAUCAAUUCGAUGGAUUUGUAAUUCGUCAGUUAAUUCUUAGAUAGCAGGUAUACUUGCUGUAAGUUUCCUGCAAGAUAACAUACUAUUUGGGAUGAAAUUAAAAUUAAAUUAAAUUGUAGAUUAAAUUGUAGAAUCAAUUUAAAAAGUUACUAUCAAUUUUUUAUUUAUAUUGAAAAAAAAUUAUUGAAAUUCUUUAUUUUCCUUUAGUCAUUUACUUUAAACGAAUGGGAAAUAAAAGGCAAAUAAAAUUUGAAAAUAAUUUGCAAUUAAUACGUUUGCUUUGAUUAUUCAAUUUUGUAAAGUAAAUGCUUCUUGUUUUUUAGCAUUGUCUUUGUUGUUUAUUCAUAAGUUUAUUGUAUUUUGAUUACCAAUUUUGUCCAAUUGUUUAUAUUAUUAGCCUAUAUUUAUUUCAGAAUUUUGUAAUUAUAUCCCAUAGUAGAACGUAAUAUUACUGUAACAUUACAUGAAUUACUGUAAUAUUGCAUCAAUAUUACAAUAAUAUUACAGCAAUAUCAAAAUAUCCGCCUCGAGAUAUUAUUGUAAUAUUACAUUAACAUUACGUGUAUUACUAUAAUAUUGCAUGUAAUAUUGUAAUACUGCAGUAAUAUUGCAGCAACAUUAAAAUAUCCGAGAUAUUAUUAUAAUAAUAUUACGUACUACUUGGGUUAUCUCUCAAUUUUCGUCGAUUUGUAAUUUUAUAAAAUUGUCAUUCAAUUGUA